AUGGGUAAAUUCUACCCAUCAAUCACCCCAGACCUCCACGACUGGACCCUCCGCCAGAGCGUCUUCUUCGUAGCCUCGGCCCCGCUCCGCGGCAAACACAUCAAUGUCUCACCAAAGGGCCUCCCCAAUGCGUCGUUCGCCAUCCUCGGCCCCAACGAAGCGGCCUACAUCGACGCAACCGGCUCCGGCAGCGAAACCAUCUGCCACCUGCGAGAAAAUGGCCGGAUAACGGUCCUCUUCUGCUCCUUCGACGCUGCGCCGCGCAUCCUGCGCCUCUUCUGUUCUGGCUCGGUGAUAGAGUGGGAUCAGCCCGAGUUCGGGGCCUAUCUCGAACGCAUGGGGAAUAAGAGCGUGCUCGGGGCGAGGGCAAUUAUCCGGCUGGACGUUUAUAAGGUCCAAACCUCCUGCGGGUUCGGGGUCCCGCAACUGGCUCUAAAACUGGACCCGGAGACUCACGAGCCGAAACCGUACCUCAAGGAUCGGGAGACGCUCGGGCAUUUUGUCCGCAAGUCGGUGGAGAAGGGUCAGCUCCGCUCAUAUCAGCGGGAGUGGAAUGCCAGCAGUUUGGAUGGGUUGCCGGGGCUUUGGUCUGCGAUCAGGGAUGAUGGGGGGUACGUGUGGGUGGGACGAGUGCGGAAUUGGUUGCGGCGCCAUGAAGACGAGAUUGACGUGGUGAAGACGUCGUUGCUGUGUUUUCUCCUUGCUAUGACUGUUCUUCGAUGGAUGGGCUACGAGGUAUAG